AUGGAGUACUUAGAGGGCUAUGACUUUAAUUUGCAAUAUCACUUGGGUAAAGCAAAUGUGGUUGCGGAUGCAUUGGGUAGGAAGCAUAGAGUUACUAGUUUGUUUAUACAUGAGUGGGAAAUUGUAGAGACAAUAAAUCAAUUUGGUUUGGGGUUACAGGGUGUAGAGGAAAAAGUAUACUUGGGUAGCAUGACUUCUAGACCGAUGUUGAUUCAAAAGGUGAUGGAUACACAAAAUAGGGAUUCAAUUUUUGAUACAUUUACGGAGGACUCUGGAUGGGUUCAGGGUGAUGAUGGAGGUGUGAGGUUCGCGGGAAGAUUGAUAGUACCAUAUGACAAAGAGCUACAAGAGGAGAUCUUGAAAGAAGCGCACCAUAUAGUUAGAUUUAUGGCAAGAUGCUUGACAUGUCAACAAGUGAAGACGGAACACCAAAGGCCUGUGGGAUUGCUACAACCCUUACCGGUGGCACAAUGGAAAUAG